AUCACCAAGAGCGACCGAUACCCAAUGCCCAUGGCCGAGGAGAUCUUCGAUAAGCUGGCUGCAGGACAGGUCUACUCAACCUUGGACCUUCGUCAAGGAUUCAACCAGAUACCAAUCAAGGAGGAGGAUAAGGCUAAGACGGCGUUUCAUGGGCCAGAUAGGCUGUACGAAUGGAAUUAUAUGCCAUUCGGGUUGAAGAACGCUUCAGCGAGGUUUGAGCGAGUGAUGGAUCAAGUGCUGAGGGAGGUACCUCGAGCACUCUGUUACAUAGACGACGUGGUAAUCUUCAGCGAAGAUGGGUCGCAGCACGUGGCAGAUGUAGCCGCCGCCCUAGCAGCAAUACAAGCGGCCGGACUGAAGUGCCAUCCAGGAAAGUGCCAUUUCGGGGUGAGGACAGUGGCGUACCUGGGGUUUCAGGUGGGGAAAGGAGGCCUCUCGGUGCAGCAGGCCAAAGUGGAGGUGGUCGAUAGACUCAAAGCGCCAACGGAUCGGAGCACCCUCCGCGCUCAGCUGGGCUUUCUGAGCUACUACCGCAAGUUCGUGCCGAACUUCAGCAAGACGGCAAGGCCCUUGAAUCUGCUCCUGAGAGAGGACAUGACUUGGAAGUGGGAGGCAGAACAGGAUCUGGCGUGGAAGACCUUGAAGGAAGCAGUGAAGACCGCGCCUGUCCUGAAACUGCCCAGCCCGGAUGAGCCCUACACGUUGUACACUGACUGGAGCAGCAGUGGCAUGGGGGCAGUACUGUGCCAGCUGGAUGGGGGGACGGAGAGGGUAGUAGCAUAUGCCAGUCGGUCAUGCAGCCCAGCCGAAAGCAACUACAGUUCCUAUGAGGGGGAAGGAUUAGCCGCAGUCUGGGCGGUGGAACUCUUCCGGCCUUACCUGCAAGGCAGGGAAUUUACCCUAGUCACUGAUCAUCAACCCCUCCUGUGGCUGAUGACUAAUCAGACUCUGAAAGGGCGGAAUGCCAGGUGGGCCAUGCGGCUGCAGGAAUUCGAGUUUGACGUGAAGCACCGGCCCGGGAAAACCCUGCAGCAUGUGGAUGGGCUCUCCAGGCAGGGGCCGGCAAUAGCUGGGGAACCAGAGCUGUCGCAUAAAUCGCAUGAACGGAAAAGUGUCAUGAGAUAUAUGGGACAGCGCGGAAGGGAAGAGGUGUAGAAAGUGUAAGGAAAAUACGUAAAGUGGAUUGUUAUGCGGAGUAAUGUGGGGAAGUACAGUGAUGGGUCGAAAAGCUCAUGGGAUUGAGCGGGCGAGACAGCUGGAGGUGGCGAAUGGGAGACAGUGUCCAGCUCAGUGGGGACAGGAGCGGCUGGAUAGGUCGACAUGCAGAAGAGUGAGAGAGGUGAGGGGCCGGAUUCAGGGGGACAGCGAGGAGGCGUAAUCAUUAGUGCUGGUAA